AUGACAUCGCUUAGCGCAGCCACACAAGCGCUCAGUCUCUGGAGCCAUCCCAAGCCACUGAGCCUACAGGAAAGAGCGAGCAUCUGGGGUCUACCCGAUUGCGCCAGCACAUGCGUGACUUCCAGCUUUGGCGGCUGCAACUCCAUCGACGUCGAAUGCAUCUGCAAAAACAAAGACUUCCUCGACAAUCUCGGUUGUUGCAUGUCCAAGGCUUGUAGCAAGAAGGAUCAAGACGCAGCUGCCAUCGGUUUCGCAAACAACUUCUGCCAGGCAUACAAAGUCAGCGAUUUACCUACUGCUGCAACAUGCAAGUCGACCGAUGCAGCAAAGACGACUGAUGCAAAGACCACACCUGCUCCUACGCUCGACCCCUCAUCUUCGACGUCUCUUCUGCCGGCCUUGAGUUCGGCGGCUUCAGCAGCUAUCGCCAAUGUGUCGAACGGAACGAACAGCACUGCGUACAUCAGUACGCAGAGCGUUACUGUCACGGCGACAGUCACGGCCAGCAGUACUGGACAAGCUCCUCGCAUUGCGGCUGAAAUGACUGGUUGGGCUUGGGGCGUAGGUGCUGUACUGGCUGGAGCUGCUGCUGUAAUCGUCUGA